AUGACCAGAUCCACCGAAUCUACCCGGGACCUGAAGGAGCAUAUCCAUGUAUUUAACUUUCCCACGAAUCUUUUGGAGGUAUUGUCACUGCGUGACUCCUCCCUUGGGGAAACUCCCGCUCCAGUAGCUACCCCCAAACGGCCUGUGGCACCACCACAGCCAACCUCAUCGGGUUCUAUCCCUUCAUGCGCUACCUGUCUUGGAGCAAACCUGUCGGAUGUGAAGGAACAACGGGACCACUUUCGAUCAGACUGGCAUCGGUAUAAUGUCAAAAUGCGUCUACAAGACCCCUCACACCAACCUGUGAGCGAGGAGCAAUUUACCAAACUGGUACAAGACCUCGCUGAAUCGCUCUCGGGAUCCGAGUCUUCUACCAAUUCCAGUUCAUCUGAAGAUGCAGUAUCAGCCUUGCUUCAGAGGAAACAGAAAAGAGGGAUAGAUUACGGACAGCCAGACGACGAUGAUUUGCCAACCCUGCCGCGAUCACCCAUCGCCUGGUUCCAUGCUCCUAAUGAAUACCCAGACACACAAUUUGGCGUAUAUACCGCGCUGUUCCCGACAGGAACAGAGCCUGGUGAUUAUACCAAGGCUUUAAGGAAUCUACAGAGCGACGGUCCCGAAGAUCGUUUGUGGACAAUGCUAGCGACAGCAGGCGGUCAUUUCGCCGGGCUUGUUGUUCGCGUCAAGAUCCCGCGUCAAGCAGAAUCGUCUAGGAACAAGAAGGCAGCCCCGGAGAUGGAAAUUAUCAAACACAAGACCUUCCAUCGAUACACUACUCGACGAAAGCAGGGAGGGUCACAGUCAGUAAACGAUAAUGCGAAGGGGCCCGCCAAGAGCGCAGGAGCCCAGCUACGACGAUAUGGAGAACAAGCGCUACGCGAAGACAUCCAGGGGAUACUUGCUGAAUGGUCUGAAGACGUUCGCAAAAGUGAACUUAUAUUCUUCAGGGCAAGUGUUUCUAACCGGAAGAUGUUCUGGGAUUGGGAGAAUGCGCCCAUUAAAAAAGGCGAUCAUCGUUUGCGUAGCUUCCCAUUCCCCACUAGGCGACCAACCCAAGCCGAACUGAUGCGUUGUCUCGUUGAACUAACGCGAGUGAAGGUCUCGCAUCUAUCUGAAGAUGCCUUGCGCGCGCUAGAAGAAUCCCAACGAGCAUCCAUUCCGAAGCCCAAAGUUCCAAUCGCCAAAGCCCCUGUACCUGAGAAACCUACCAAAGAGAAACCCGCUGCACUCUCCAAAGAAGAGGAAGCCAUACGAGAUAAGUGGACGCGACUCAUGGACAUGAUUAUCAAGGGCCGCAUAGACCCACUCAAGACGUUCUGGGAGAAGAAUCCCGAUAUCACUGUCAAUACCAUGGUACCGGAGUGGGCACAGGCAAGUGACCGUGGAUUGUCUACCCUUCUCCAAGUCGCGAGUGCUGCCGGUCAAGAGGCAGUCGUCAGGUGGCUCCUUGAAGACCAAAGGGCAGACCCGACUGUUCCUAUCCCAUCUGGCGCUGUUGCGGCAUCUGCCUUCCCCAGUGCAUCUGACUCGGAUCGGAGGCACCUCGAGCAACCGGACAAGCACGAAAGGCGUACCAUAUUGCAGCAAAUCGAUCUACUAGAAAUGCUUUUCGAAGACGUUCUCAGUCCAGAAAUGGAGGCGGAGCGCGACAAGAAGAAGAACGCCAGGCGGACCAAUCUCAGGGACAAACUACGUGAGCGAGAGAAGGCAAGAGAGGAACAGGCGCGCGCCGAGGAGCUUGCUGCCAAGGAGGCUGAGGCUCGGGAGAGAGAACUCGCGGCUCAAGCGAAACUCAGCACUCCAACUACUGGGCCACAAAAACUUGGAGGGAGCGGUGGAACCAGCGGUGCCAAUAGCAUGGCAGGUCUAACACCCGAGAUGCGUGCCAAGAUUGAGAGAGAGCGGCGAGCAAGGGCGGCAGAGGCUCGACUGGCAGGUCGAUGA